AUGGCGACUACGGUGACGAACAAAGGGGUGGCUGCGGUCACUGCACGCUGGGCUGAUAUGGUGCUCGAAGAUGAAGAGGAGGCUUUUGAACCGGCUGUUACGGAAGUAGCGCCUGACGGAGUUGCGGCGGUAGAGACCUGGCCACUUGUGGGAAGGUUUCUAACUGCGAAGCUCGUGAAGUUGGAAUAUAUGAGGCAAGUUAUGGCGUCGGUCUGGAAGCCUGUUAAGGGGGUUCAGGUGACGGAGCUGCAACCGAAUCUCUUUAUGUUUGUUUUCUUUCACGCCUCGGAUAUGCACUAUGUCAUUGAUGAAGGGCCUUGGUCGUUCGAGAAUUGUACGUUGGUCUGUCAACCGGUGAAAGAUGGGGUACUGCUAGUUAAUGUGCCUUUGGACUCAGUCGACAUGUGGGUUCAACUCCAUGAUCUCCCCUAUGGCUACACCUCUUCGACGAUACUUGAACAGAUCGGCAACUAUCUUGGGACUUUUGUGAAAGGGGAUGAUCGGUUCGCUGGGGCACCAUGGCUCGAUUUCUAUCGAAUUCGGGUGGCUAUGCCGGUGCACAAACCUAUCAAGCGCCGUAUGAAGUUACUCAAACGGGAUAAAACAUGGUGUUGGGUCUCGUUUAAGUACGAGCGGCUGCAUGGUUUCUGUUUUUUCUGUGGUAUGAUGGGGCACACUUAUAAAUUCUGCUUGAAGGCUAGGGAGGCGGCUGGUUCUGUGGAGCAGUACCCAUUUGGGCCAGAUUUGCGUGCGGGAUCCCGGCGGGGGCCACGAGCUGUUGGGGAGAGCUGGUUGGUACCGGUCGGUGGAGAGCCUCGUUCGGGUGAGGGGAAUGUAUCGGUAACUGGUGCCCAUAGUGACGUACCUGCAGCGAUGGUUAUGUUGGAUCAAAAGGAUGGUGAGGAGGAGGUGGUGGCUGUGUCGAAACGCCAAUGA